AUGUCCAUAACAGGGCUGCAGCUGUCUGAGAGCAACAAUAACAAGCUCUAUCCAACAAUUUAACGGCGGCUUUAACGGUACCUGACAGCCCCGCAGACCGCCGACUUUCACAAAAUGCGGCUGUCCAAGUAACUCUGGCCUCCGCUUGUUCGUCCUCCGAGCCGAAAACCGGGUUACCGUCGCGGCCAGCACCGCGAAACAAACACGGAGCCUCGGCCGCAGGGGGAGCAGGGCAGUUCGGGGCUGCAUCUGGGUCAGUGGGCCUGUCGGCGGCCGUACCGGUGGUUUGUUAUCCCCGCAGUGUCCCGCGGCGCCCGUCAUUCGCUGGUUUACUCAUCGGGUCACCGUUUUAAACCGCGGUAACAUGCAGGCUAACGGGGCAGGACAGGACCGGGAUUCAGAGCUGUCCUGCCGAAACGGUGCACGGAACGGCGAGUCGUCCUCCACCGGGGUAGCUCACUCCAACGGACUUGUGUCAGUCACCAACAAUGGAAACACUGUCAGCAAUAACAACGGAGUGUCAGCCCAGCCUGCGCCCAACAACACCAACAUCCCGUCGGAUGUCAAGAAGAAGAAGGGUCUGUCUCAGUCCGAGGAGGAUGUCAUCAGGCUGAUAGGACAACACCUACACGACCUAGGUCUCAAUCAGACGGUGGACCUCCUGAUGCAGGAGUCUGGAUGCAGGCUGGAGCACCCCUCUGCCACCAAGUUCCGCAAUCACGUCAUGGAAGGAGAGUGGGACAAGGCUGAGAGUGACCUGAAUGAGCUGAAGGCUUUGAUGCAUUCUCCAAGUGCUAUAGUGCGGAUGAAGUUCUUGCUGCUGCAGCAGAAGUAUCUGGAGUAUCUGGAGGAUGGGAAGGUCCUGGAGGCCCUGCAGGUCCUCAGAGCCGAGCUCACUCCUCUCAAAUACAACACAGAGCGUAUCCACAUCCUGAGCGGGUACCUGAUGUGCAGUCAUGCAGACGACCUGCGAGCCAAAGCAGAGUGGGAAGGCAAAGGCACGGCGUCCCGAACAAAGCUGCUGGACAAGCUCCAGACCUAUCUGCCUCCCUCAGUGAUGCUGCCCCCUCGCCGCCUGCAGACUCUGCUGAAGCAGGCGGUAGAGCUGCAGAGGGAGCGUUGCCUCUACCACAACACCAAACUGGACAGUGGACUGGACUCUGUGUCCCUGCUCCUGGACCAUGCCUGUAGCCGGAAACAGUUCCCGUGCUACACUCAGCAGAUUCUCACUGAACACUGCAAUGAAGUCUGGUUCUGCAAGUUCUCCAACGAUGGCACAAAAUUGGCAACUGGGUCCAAAGACACCACAGUCAUCGUGUGGCACGUUAAUAUGGAAACCCAGCAGCUGAAGCUGAUGAAGACCCUGGAGGGUCAUGCUUAUGGUGUCUCAUACCUGGCCUGGAGCCCUGAUGAUACCUAUCUGAUAGCCUGUGGUCCUGAUGACUGCUCUGAGCUGUGGCUGUGGAAUGUACAGACGGGUGAGCUACGAACAAAGAUGAGUCAGUCUCAUGAGGAUAGCCUGACCAGCGUGGCCUGGAAUCCAGAUGGCAAACGCUUCGUCACUGGCGGCCAGAGAGGCCAGUUCUACCAGUGUGACUUGGAUGGAAACCUGCUGGACUCGUGGGAAGGAGUUCGGGUGCAGUGCCUGUGGUGUCUGAGUGACGGCCGGACCAUCCUCGCAUCAGACACCCACCAACGUAUCCGAGGGUACAAUUUUGAGGACCUGACAGACAGAAACAUAGUGCAAGAGGACCAUCCCAUCAUGUCUUUCACUGUUUCCAAAAAUGGAAGGUUAGCUUUGCUCAAUGUUGCUACCCAGGGAGUGCACCUAUGGGACCUGCAGGACCGGGUGCUGGUGAGGAAGUAUCAAGGAGUCACCCAGGGCUUCUACACAAUCCACUCCUGCCUGGGAGGGCACAAUGAAGACUUCAUCGCCAGUGGCAGCGAAGACCACAAAGUUUACAUCUGGCACCGGCGCAGUGAGCUGCCCAUCGCAGAGCUGACCGGUCACACCCGCACCGUCAACUGUGUGAGCUGGAACCCCGUCCUGCCCGGGCUGCUGGCCAGCGCCUCAGACGACGGAACCGUCCGAAUCUGGGGACCCGCCCCCUUCCUGGACGUUCAAGAUGCAGAGGGCCUCAAUGAAAGCUGCAGCAUGGACAGCUGAUGAUCUGCUGCCGCUCUGAGCCUGAGGAGCAUUAAGACUCUGUAGACACUUGAAUGGACGAAGCGGGGAGAAAGCUUUGGUGAUUGGACAGCUGCUUCCUGGAGGCGGAGGCCAGCAGCGAUCCGCGUCAGGGCGUCACAACACAGAGAUGUCAGACUCAGUCACAUUUCUGACAGCAGAGCCGGACACGUGAAGCUGGGCUCCAGGACCUCCUCCUCCUCCUCCUCCUCUUGUCUGGACCUGUUCCCUCAGCACCAUCCAGGACCACCCACCUCCUCUUAUUUAUAAUCAUCUACAUUAUUUAUUCUUGAGUAGUUCACUGACUAGUGCUAGGCUGUGACGUAGCAGCACCUGGUGGAGGGUGUGUGUUGUUAACUUUCUGAGCAGCUCACACGAAGCAGCUUCAUCUCCCUCACCUCCUGAACCUUUAAGAGAUUUUACCUGCAGGAACACUGGAUGGCUGUAACACCCCCUUGAAGAGGAGGAUCUUUUAAAUGCAGAAUUCUACUAUUAUCUCAUUUUUUUUUUUAUGCAGAACACCUUUAUGUUUUUUUUUUUUUCCCUUCAGCUUUUCUGCGUAUAGCCAGAGAAAGAAUAGUAUUUGAUGAGCAUGUUGCGUAGGAUUUGCACAGGACAACGUGUUCAGUGGCUGACUUGGUCCUGCUAUAUCUAUUCAAAUGUGCUGAGUGGUUGGCUGCCUUCUGAGAGUUCAGAGGAUUAUCUGUCAACCCUGACCUCUGCAUAUGGAUUAUGUGAGUGUAGUGUCCCCCAUGCUGUCAGUGUGGAUUUCCUCUUUAUUUUGCUGUUACAUCUUUGCUCUGGCUUCACUCUUUGCUCUCUCUGCCUCUGUUUGUGUCGCAAGUCCUUUGCCACCUCUCCCUGCAUACAAACAGCAUCCUUCAUAUGAAUUUCUUUUCAUUUGGUUUAGUUACAUGUUCUAAGUUUCAUUUAUCACUGUGUUUGUUUCUUUUUUUGUUCUUUUUUUAUUUACUUCAAGUGGAGCUGUAACAUUUAAGGAGACACUCCCUGAUUUCUUUCUGUAGCCAGUGAGCCCCCCACCCCAACACCCCAGCUCAACUCUCAGCUGUUGUAAAAGAUAAGGCUGGUGUUAUUCUCAGUUUCAUGUGGUCAACAAAUUCUGGGAAAAAGGCCAGAACCAACCAAACGUUGAUCUGUUUCUCUAAACUCUGACUUCCAUGCUCCGUCUGUGGCUCUCAGCUCGGAGCCCAUUGGUUCCUGCUGAGAUGAUGUCAGCCUUCAGAAACACCUCACAAAGUUUCAUUUCCUCAAACAGCUGAUCACUGUAGUUUGUAUCAAACAAACAGGAAGGAAGAGUGAGUUUGUUGGGGGCUAUUUUCAGCAGCGGAUUAAGCCACAUUUGGUGCUGUAGUAUGUGUGGCAGCAGGCUGGUGUGUGUGUGUGUGGGGGUCUGAGUCAGAAUAAACUACUGUCUGUGUGUGUGUGUGUG